UGUUGGCUGGGCCGCCAGGGAAUCGUGUGAAGUGGAGUAGGAACUAGGUGUGGGCUAGGAACAAACCCGCAGCACUUUAACCACUUCUAAUCUGUAUAAUUUGAACGGAGCCGGCGAGUUGAGUGAACCAAAGGCCAAGUUGUUGGUGGAACGGGCGGCAGCCAAGCGCAUCCCACGGCUGUCCGGCCAACUGACCGUUGAAAAUUGGAAAAAUUGCAACGGCCAGUGAAGAAGAAAAUUGCAUGGCCAAGGCAAAAAGCAGAGAAACGCGAACUGAAAGCAUAUUUCUUUCUUUCCAGAAGCACCAUUGUUUUAAUUUACAAUUGUGACAAUUCGGCCGGGGAUGCUUGAGUGCCUCCGUUUUUCCCCCUCCUGGGAAAGUUCCCCGUGGAAAUGGGAGCUAUAAAAUAUGACCAGGCAAUUGUCAAGGCUUUUAGUUGAACUUCAAGCGUUUUGGCAACAUGUUUCGCAUUUUUCCGCUGCUCUGUCUGCUGCUCUUCUCGGCUGUCCGUUCGGAAAACUGUGACCAGGAUGCGAGUGCCACGUUAUAUUGUCGCGGUGAACGGGCUCUGCGAAAUAUCCUGCGGAACUUAAACCGCAGCGAUCAGCCUCUGGUGGUGGUUAGAGGUCUAGAGAUAGUUCCAUUGUUAAACAAUUCCAUCGUCGAGGAUGAACAGGAACAGGAUCAGAGUCUUCUGGAUAGUCUAUCAUUCUAUCUUCGAACCCACGAGAUUAACGUCAAGCUGGCAGAUCUCCUCGAGGAUGAAGCACAAGUUUCGGAGGCCCGCAAGAAGGACAAAGGUCAGGGCAUGCUGCUGGCGAUGGCUCUGAUGUUUGGCAAGAUGAUGGCCGUGAUGGGACUGGGUGGAAUCGCUGCUCUGGCCAUGAAGGCGCUGGGCGUGUCCUUGGUGGCUCUGAUGAUGGCCGGGAUGCUGGGCUUGAAGACAGCCGCCCAACACGGUGGAGAGACCAGUCACAGCAUAUCGUAUGUGACCGGCGAGGGACACCACCACAAGAGGAGGCGCCGGUCCUCCGGUCAACAACCCCUGGCCUACAGGGGCUGGAAUUGAGACUCUGACGCUCUGUUGACGUGUAUUUUGUUAGUUCUUAUGUAGCACUUAAGUAAUUUAAUAAUUUAUCCAUCAUGCAACAGAUCCAAGUUGUUUUCAUCCCGACUCCAACCGAAUCGAGUGCAGUGCCACUCGAGACGCUGCCUCCGCUCUGCACAAUCGUGUGGCUGUUGUUGCUGAUGCUGCUGCUGCUGUUGCCUUGGAUGCUUCUCUUCGGUUUAUGAAAUCGGUGAAAGUUUAUUUUGAGCUCGUAUUGUGUAGCCAUCAGCAUCCGCAGUGGCAGAAGGCAACCUACACAUGGCCAUAACGGUUGUAUUUGUGGCUAUACCCUGACUCUGAGAUAUAAACGUUUUGGGGAGAAGGUUGGGUUUGUUCCAGGUAAUAUCCUGCCCAAAGAACUUAUUAGGGCUUAAAUAAAUGGUAUUUAA